GCGUGUGUGCAACGGAAGAAGCGGAGAGGAUGGACGUUUAUAAAAGAGCGCGUGUGAAGGUUUGAACACCAUUCAUUGCCAAGGAUUGACAUCUUCUGUUUCUGAAUUUAUAAAGACCUCUUCUGACAGCGAACAAAUCUUGUAAUUUAUAGCUGAAGCGGUCAGAAACUGAUGUGACGGAUCACCUCUUCGGCUGGAGCUGCUCGUUCAUUCCGAGAACGCAUCGAUCAAUUUUUUUGUUUCAAGACCAUAAUAUCAUACAAAUGGAAUGCAAACUCUUGCCAUUUCUAGACCAGAUGCCAGAGACAUCCUCCCCAAAAUAACUCUUGUGUUCAUGAAAGCACCGUUGGAUUAACAAAUACAAAACAAAGACCAAAUAGAAAUUCAUCUGACAGAUGCUUCCCUUUCCUUCAAGAAAGACAGCAAACCAAAGGAAUAAGCGAUUGUAUAUGCAUUUGCUAGAAUCUUUACUAAAGUAAGCAAUUUGUAACUGUAAUAAUAACGUAAACAUGUUAAAAACGGGACCAGCAAUGGAGGCGGCGGAUAUUACAGUUGUUGCACUUUAUUUUGUCCUUGUGCUUGUAAUUGGGCUGCUCGCCAUGUGGAAGGCCAACCACAGCACGGUCAGUGGCUACUUCCUGGCAGGUCGAACAAUGAAUUGGGUGGUGAUAGGUGCCUCACUGUUUGUCAGCAACAUUGGUAGCGAGCAUUUCAUUGGACUGGCUGGUUCCGGUGCAGCAAGUGGUUUUGCAGUGGCCGCCUGGGAGUUUAACGCCCUCCUGCUUCUGCAGCUGCUCGGCUGGGUGUUCAUCCCAGUUUACAUCCACUCUGGAGUUUACACCAUGCCAGAGUACCUCUCCAAGCGCUAUGGAGGCAAGCGGCUGAAGAUUUACUUUGCAGGCCUCUCACUUCUACUGUACAUCUUUACUAAACUCUCUGUGGAUUUGUACGCGGGAGCUCUUUUCAUUCAGGAGUCUCUUGGCUGGAACCUCUAUCUGUCCAUCAUCUUGCUCAUCAGCAUGACUGCCUUGCUGACAGUGACCGGUGGAUUGGUCGCAGUGAUCUACACAGACACUCUACAGGCCGUUCUCAUGAUUGGUGGUGCGCUCACCCUUACCAUCAUCAGCCUGAUCAAGGUGGGCGGUUUGGAGGGGGUGCGGGAAAAGUACAUGGAAGCAGUUCCCAAUGUCACAGCCAUCCUGGCUAGCAGCAACUUCAGCUUUGAGUACAAAAACUCCUGUCGAAUCUAUCCCAAGCCAGAUUCCCUCAAGCUCCUAAGAGGACCACUUGAUGAGGACAUACCCUGGCCAGGCUUCCUGUUGGGUCAAACACCCUCAUCCAUUUGGUACUGGUGUGCUGACCAGGUUAUCGUACAGAGAGUGUUAGCCGCCAAGAAUAUCGCUCAUGCUAAAGGCUCCACACUUAUGGCAGGAGUGCUCAAGAUCCUUCCCAUGUUCAUCAUCGUUAUUCCAGGAAUGAUCUCCCGGAUUUUGUUUCCAGAUGAGCUGGCAUGCAUUGGACCGGAGCACUGUAUGGCUGUGUGCGGCAGUCAAGCCGGCUGCUCCAACAUCGCCUACCCUCGGCUGGUCAUGAGUGUGAUGCCGGUGGGUCUCAGAGGCCUGAUGAUGGCCGUGAUGAUCGCCGCCCUCAUGAGCGACCUGGACUCCAUUUUUAACAGCGCAAGCACCAUCUUCACUUUGGACAUUUAUAAAAUGCUGCGUGCACGUGCCUCCUCACGGGAGCUGGUGGUGAUCGGCAGGAUAUUUGUAAUCUUCAUGGUGGCUAUCAGCAUUGCUUGGGUGCCAGUCAUUAUUGAGAUGCAAGGCGGCCAGAUGUACCUGUACAUCCAAGAAGUGGCAGGAUACCUCACGCCUCCCAUUGCUGCCCUCUUUCUGCUCGGAGUCUUCUGGAAACGCUGCAAUGAGAUCGGUGCAUUUUGUGGUGGCAUGACUGGCUUUGUGCUAGGCACCACCCGGCUUUUACUAGGCUUUAUUUAUCGUGAGCCAAAGUGUGAUCAACCAGAUGAACGUCCAGCUUUUAUCACUCGUAUCCACUACAUGUACAUCGCCGCCGGACUGUUUUGGCUCUCCGGGUUGGUGGCUGUGGUUGUCAGUCUAUGUACUUCACCUCCAGAUGAGGAGAGGGUCAAGCGGACCACAAUGUGGGGCUUGAGGAAACUGAAGAGGCUUGUUGUGACUGAACGAGAGGAGAUGUACAAACUCACUAAUGGCAGUGGUAAUGGUGUCCUUAAGAAAGAUGUGCCUGAGGAUGUCCAGAAGGAGAAAUGCCUUGACGGGGCUGACAUUAAACUUCUUCUGCCAUCCCCCUGUGACCAAGAUCCCACGACUCCCAACACAGAGGCAUCCACACCAAUGGAGCUAUACGGCAACGGUCAUGCAAAGCUUGUGAAAAUGAAUGAUGAAAGCAAGUGUGAUGAUGAGAGCUGCCUGCAAGUGUUUGACUGGAUUUGUUGUCACAAGGAAAAAACGUCUGUCGUCGAACCCAAAUUCAUUAAAGAAGAUGAAGAAACUAUUCGAGAAAUGCUUCACGAACCUCCUAAGAUCAAGCUGUUACUUAACAUAUGCCUGGUUUUGAUCUGUUUGCUGGGUAUUUUCAUGUUUGUGUACUUCUCAUUGUAAUGUGUGAUUCGUGCAGUACUUUAAGGCCUGUGUGAAAGUCGACACAUUUAUAUGAACUAUUUGUUAAUACAAGCCGCCUAGGGUCUGUAAUAUUUACAGUGUGAGUUAUCUUUCUUUUUAUAACUUCCGUUUAGGGACUCUAAAAAUGUCGAAUCGUACUGAUAGAAGUUAUUUAUUUUUUCUCUUCAGCUCUGUCACACCUUAAAAUAUUUAUAUUUGAACUGUUCUUCAUGGCAUUUUGAUGACUAAAUGCGUUAAUGAAACAGUAGCAUUUAUAUAGCUUAGAGUUAGUUGAGCUAAGCUAAUGUAGGCUUGGCCUAUACUGCUUUUUUCCUCUGUGAAUUUUGCCUUAAUAUGUGCACUCCAAACCGAAUUGAGGUCAGUUUUUUGCCUCAGGUUAUUUCUGUUUCUUAGUGAAUCUUUGAUAUAGUACUUAAAUGUGUAAAGUUGUCUUUCAUAUAAGCAAAUAUAUCAUUGUAAGCACCGCCAAGUUUUUUUUAAAACUUGACCUCGUAAAUUUGUCACCUGUAUAACUGAAGUUGUGUUUCCAAAGUUUUGUGUGACAAAAAUGAAAAUAAUUCCUUUUAAGAAAGAAAUGGUUGGGAGUUUAUUAUGAUGUAAAAGUUUUAUUUAAAAAAAGUAUAUUUAUUUUGCUUUAAAGUUGCCAUGUCUCUAAGGUGUUGUACCAUUGCUGUACGUUCACAAAUAAUUGACUGUUUGGUCCAUUCAUGUGAAUUGUAUCUGUAACUCUAUGUGAUUUGCUGUAUUGUUGUUUUUUUGUUUGUACUUUAUUUCUUUGACUAUUGACUUUAGAGGUACUUUUUUUGAAAAACAAAACACCAAUUGCCUUUUGUGUAAAGCAAACUCCACAAAGACACUGCUUUCAGCCUUCUUUUUGGGAAUAUGACAUGAUUUAUGUGAAAAAAGAUGUUAUCAUCACAACACAGAUCACUCAUAAAAUGCAGCCACAGGUUUUGAGGAUGUUACUAAAACCCUCACAACUAUUUCCUGAAAGACUGCUGCUCGAGAACACUGUCAAUUAUUUUGAAAUCUGAUAUUAUGAUAUCUCAAAGUCAUCAAGACUGGGAUGUCCGAUUCUGAUUGCUGCGCAAAACAGUAUCUUGUUCUUCUAGAGGAAGAAUUUGAGUAUAGCUGCAGUAACAGGCAUUGCCUGUUGUUGAUCUGCUGUUGAAUGCUCCAUUUGUUCAGACAAAGGGGAACUGCUGAGAUGGCCUUAGUGAAUAUGAAAUUGGCGAGAGGGAUUUUCUAUGCAGAUGUAACUUUUUUUUCUUUAAGUGCAAACUCACAACAUUGUUUUAUUAUCAUCACAGUCUUUGUUGAAUGAAAAUCUGACCUAACGAUGCAACAGAAAUUCAUUAAUCAAUUAUCAUAAUAAUAAUAAUAAUAAUAAUAAUAAUAAUAAUAAUUCCUCAUAUAGCGCUUUUUUAGACACUCAAAGUUCUUUAUACAUAGGGUCUCUUCAUCCACCACCAGUGUGCAACAUCCGUCUGGAUGAUGCGACGGCAGCCAUAUUGCGCCAGACCGCACACCACACACACCAGCUAAUGUGAAGAGGAGACAGCGUGAUGAAGCCAAUUAUCAUAUUGGGAUGGUUAGGAGGCCAUGAUGGACAGAGGCCAGUGGCCAAAUAUUUGUCCAGGAUGUCAGGGUUAAACCCCUACUCUUUUUUUGAAGGAUAUCCUGGGAUUUUUAACAACCACAGAGAGUCAGGAACUCGGUUUAACGUCUCAUCCAAAAGACGGUGCUCACUGAGCAGUAUAGAGUUCCCUUCACUAUACUGGGGCAUUAAGACUCACACAGACCACAGGUUGAGCAGCCCCUGCUGGCCUCUAUAACACCAAGAGAUAUUAUUAUUAAUAGCUUUAUUAUCAAGAGUCAUAAUGUAAAGGGGCAACGCGUUAAAAUAAAUGUUAAGGGCCUUCCAAAAGUCAUUAUGAUUUCCAAUAACAUGGACUGGGGAUUUGUUUUAGGUCUGAAUGUUUUCAAUUGUAAAUUAAAAAUAGGCUUUUAGAGCCAUUUUUCCACAGGUCAUUUUUGGAAAAGAGAUACAUGAAUAAAAAGAAAAAGUUACAUAUAGCUCUUUUACAUAUUUGCUUUCAAAUCAAUCAAUUUUGUUUUAGAUUUGUAUGAUCCUUGAGUGUUAUUCAAUGAUUCCUAUUUAUUUCUCAGAUUAUAUUAUUCUCAUUCAUGGCAGUACUGAUAUAUUGCACGGUCAAUAUUAUGUUGGACCUUAAUCACAAAGUGAAUGAGAGCCAUCUUUAUUAGUCAAAUUAAAUUUACUUAAAUAUGAACGUGAAAAUUUGAUGAGCUGCUGUAACUGUGCGAGAUAGAUCCAGAAUAACUGUUCUCAUCCAAACCUGAUAUGAGAUUACAAAAUAUACUGUGAGCACAUUUUCAUCAGUUUUGAUUGCUGGCAUUUGGAUACACCACAAGAUUCCAAACCAACAUCCAAAGUUUUUGAAUAUUAAUCCAUGCAUUUACUAGUGAAAUGAUGAGGUUCAGAACUUUUUUGAAGGCACUUAUAUGUGAAUUUUAAAGCACUGUUAUUUCAUGUAAUGUCACUCAUUAAUGUACUUGUUUCAACAUAGCCUUUAUGACAACAAAGGAUUUUUGUUUAUGUGGUUUUAUCCAUUUUAUCUUUUACAUUAUUACUUAAUUGACGUUUUUAGCAGUUGUUUCUGUUGUGGGAUUUGGUUUAGAGUUUGUUCAUCUCAGAUUCCUUGUGUUGCAGAAAUUGGGAGUUAUCGGUUCAUUGUGAUGUUUUCCAUGAGCUCUGAACUACAUAUAGAGUAUAUUGAAAUGCGCAAAUGAUUUGUACAUUGCACAUUUGCUACUUUUAUUAUCAAAAGUUGCAGAUGAAUAAAAGACAUUCAUUUGAAAAGGACAAA